CUCAAAUGGCCGAGUACCCCCCAAACAACCAAACUACAAGUAAUCUCUCCCCUCGAUCGCUAGCUACGCACCUUCAAUAAUUUUAAGCACUCUUAUCACCUUUACUUCUCACCCUUAAGACGUGAGGCUUUUGGUCCAGUACUCAACAGUCAUCAUCGAUCUUAUCCAGGAAACCAAUUACAAUGAAGCAAACGGUGGUGAUCAAGGUGUCCAUGGAUGGCCACAAGUCCAUCUUCUGUGAGCUGGAUGGACAAAAGGCCCGCUCCAAAGCCUUGAAGAUAGCAGUUGGCCUUUCAGGGGUGGUAUCAGCAUCUUUAAAAGGAGAGGACAGGGACCAAAUAGAGGUCAAAGGGGAUGGGAUUGAUACCGUGAAACUAGUAAGUUUACUCCGGAAGAACGUAGGACGUGCAGAUAUAAUUAAGGUGACUGAGGACGGGUAGAAGAAAGAAGACGGAGGAAAGGAAAACGAGCUGACGGUACUACACUAUAAUAUGGUUCGGCCUUACCGGACGGGUGACUGUCAAAACCCCAAGGCAGGAGGCCACGGGCCAUGCCUUGACCAGCACCAGCCCAUGCCAGGACAGCACGCCAACAGCACUGUUGGCGCCGCUUGAUUGCCCACAGACCGAUCCCUUGGUGAAUGCUAGACCACGGUCACCCUUCAUUAGGCAGUGAACAGUCGGCGCGCGCACGCAAGCGAGGUUGUCACACCACACUCAGCGCAUGGCUAGACUGCAUGCACGCCUAGUGCGCGUGCGCAGCGGGCACGCAUGGGCUAUGUGCACACACUGCGUGCAUGCAUGGGUCGUGCGUAGGCACAAGGCCCAUGCAUGGCCUAGGCACCCGCGCAGCGCACGCUUGCACAUCCACCUUGGAAUUGACGGUGUGGCUGCCCAGCACAUCCACCUUGGCCAGGGCCUUGCUGCUCAAUGCCUUGGUCUUGACCAGGGCCAUGCUGAUCAACACCCUGGCUUUGGCCAGGGUCUUGCUGACCAACGCCCAGGCACCACAGCCUGGGCCAUGCAGACCAACGCCCAGGCCCCACUGGCCUGGGCCAUGCAGCAGCCUGCCAUGCUUAAGCCAACCACGGUCCAACCCAGCGACUCAUCAAUGGUGCCCAGCCCACACAACCUGGGCCACACAUGCAAGGACCAUGGACCAGCCAAGGCUAGCCCGGCAGGCCAAUCUGAAGACCCACGCGUGCAAGCAUGAAGCCUAUGCUGUGAGUCAUCCUGGCCACCCAUGGGCCACUGAUAGCAUGAGGCCUUAACCAGGAGGCGUGGGCCCGGAACCAUUUUCCCUUUGUAAUCGUUUUAAUUGCUUUCUAGUAUAAGUGAGGCAAUAGGCUAUCACUUAGUUUUUAUCUUUGAACAUUUGGACGAAUUUGGCUUGUAAGCCCCCAUAGACACAUUGGUGCUUUGUCACUUAGGCUC